CCCUCCACCCCUGACACCAUGACCCACUCGUGCUGCUCCUAUUGCUGCCAGCCUACGUGCUGCAGGACCACCUGUUGCCGGACCACCUGCUGCCACCCCAGGUGCUGUGGGUCCAGCGGCUGUGGGUCCAGCUGCUGCCAGCCUUGCUGCCGCCCAACUUGCUGUCACACUACCUGCUGCAGGACCACCUGCUGUAGGACCACUUGCUGCCAACCCAGCUGCUGUGGGUCCAGCGGCUGUGGACACAACGGCAGUGGGUCUAGCGGCUGUGGGUCGAGCUGCUGCCAGCCUUGCUGCUGCCCAACUUGCUGUCACACCACCUGCUGCCAGCCCAGCUGUUGUGGGUCCAGCGGCUGUGGGUCCAGCGGCUGUGGACAAAACUGCUGUGGGUCCCACUGCUGCCAGCCAGUUUGCUGUACCCCCGUGUACUGCACGAGAACCUGCUACCACCCCACCUGCUGCUGCCUGCCUGGGUGCCUAGCCCAGGGCUCUGGAUCCUGCUGCCAGCCUUCCUCCAGGUUGCUGAACCCCCGUGUACUGCACGAGAACCUGCUACCACCCCACCUGCUGCUGCCUGCCUGGGUGCCUAGCCCAGGGCUCUGGAUCCUGCUGCCAGCCUUCCUGCUGCUGAUUGCCUCGCCAAGAACCACCAUCGGACUUGCCACUUGGGAAUCGGUCACUGCCACGCGUUGCGGAAAGACCUGCCCACCCUCCACCCCUGACACCAUGACCCACUCGUGCUGCUCCUCUUGCUGCCAGCCUACGUGCUGCAGGACCACCUGCUGCCGGACCACCUGCUGCCAGCCCAGCUGCUGUGGGUGUAGCGGCUGUGGACACAACAGCGGUGGGUCUAGCGGCUGUGGUUCAGGCUGCUGCCAGCCUUGCUGCUGCCGAGCUUGCUGUCACACCACCUGCUGCCGGACCACCUGCUGCCAGCCCAGCUGCUGUGGGUCCAGCGGCUGUGGACACAACGGCGGUGGGUCUAGCGGCUGUGGGUCGAGCUGCUGCCAGCCUUGCUGCUGCCCAACUUGCUGUCACACCACCUGCUGCCGGACCACCUGCUGCCAGCCCAGCUGCUGA